CCAUUGCGCUGUGUCUUCUACGCAUGCGCCAGCAGAAAGGAGAGCUGUCGAGGUCGAAUUCAGUCUUGGUCAAAAAUAAGGCAAAAUGCCUUCAGAUUUUGAUAAAGAAGCAUACCCGGAGCCUCCUCGGCAGACUCCGGUUGUGGACAAACAGACAGCACUGCCAAACCCAGCCCUGAUUCUGUCUAAACUCUUCUAUUACUCCGUGGACCUGCCUGUCACCACAUUUAGAGAUGUGGUUGACAGCAUUCGGAGUAAAAACAAGUCCGUCUACUACCACCAGAAGUUCCGCCGUGUUCCCGACCUGACUGAGUGCCAGCAGGGAGAUUAUGUCUGCUACUAUGAGGCUGAGAUGCAGUGGAGGAGAGACUACAAAGUGGACCAGGAGAUUGUGAAGGUGGUCCAGGAGCGUCUGAGGGCCUGCCAGCAGAGAGAAGGAGCCAGCUACCACCAGAACUGUGCCAAGGAAAUACAGCAGUUCAGUGAGGUGACCAAGAACUUCCAGUCACGCUAUGGAGACCUGGGAGCGUACGCCAGUGGGAGGAAAUGUCUGAUGAAGCAAAGAGAACGGAUGAUGGCUGCUGAGGCCCCAAGUGCUUAAGAACAGUUAACUAUUAUCUGUCCUGUGUAAUAAUUGUAAAAUAAAAUGUAUGUGAUAAAUCA